AUGCCCCCCGAUGCGGCGGCUUUACCCUCUCCACCAGGCAUACCGCCGUGGAAGGACGGAAGGCGUCCUUACUCGGUGGGGGGCAACAUGCAUUCCAACGGCCAGGUCACCAGCCCCGGCUCCUAUCAGAAUGGCGCCUUUCCAGCACCACGACCCCGAUUUCCCAACAUCAAAGACUUGCAGGAUCAGGCCGCACUGUUGAUGGUGAACGAGAGUACGCCCCUGGAGGUUCUACUGAGAACCGCCGCCGACGCAAUAGAGAAAGCCAAGAACCUCGCAGACGAGAACGAAUCCGAUCAGGCCUAUGUCCAGUAUCUUCGCGCUUCGGAAAUCACCGUCAACAUCAUCCCCCACCACCCAGACUAUCGGACAUACAUCACCCAGCGCCCUGGAUGGUACAAGGAGUUCGCAGCUUUGAUGAUGGCGGUGCGGACCAAGCAAGGAACCAUGGACGCGAUCAAGCAGGAAAUCAUUGAGGACAACUUAAGCAGCAAUAUACCAUCCACAGGUGCUUUUUCUGCGACCUCGCCUGGGAAAGAAGCCUCUAUCGCUUACAGUGGGCGAGAAAACCAUGAUCCAGGAAAAACUAUGGUUCGAAUGCCGAGUCCAACCCAGUUUCACCGGAUAUCAGAUUCUCAGACUCAACCGAAACGAUUAUCCACCCCAUCCGAUGAUAUUUUAGCCCAACGGUUUGCACGACUGAAAACCUCACAAUCCCGCGAACAAGACUCGACCCCGGUGAACGCUUCUACACAACCCAGCUAUACGACCAACAGUUCCCCGGGAAAUUAUAGCCCGGCGGUUGGUUCGCCUUCCAGGAAGCCUUUGGGGCCUCGAAGCAUGGGCUCUUCAUCCUAUGCUCCAUCAGUACCAUCCGUGCCUCCAAAGGUGCCUCUCACCACUUCUCUCCCGCGUGCUCCCGACCCCACCUACAGCCCAAUCUUCACUGUGCCCUCGCAGCCCCCUUCAAACCCUCCUCGGACAUCUACUGAGAGCACGCGAUCAUUCAAUCAGCGAUAUUCCCACUUUACAAAUUCCCCUCGUGGCAGUCCCAGCCGCGGUUUUGAUGAAAAUCCGUAUCGAGCGCGUACACCGAAUGGCGUCAAUCCUGCACGUGAAACUCGGAGUAAUUCGCCAGACCUACCAUAUAACUCUGCUAUUACAGCUCAAAAUCUUCUCGACUAUUUGCGACGAUUUAACGUUCUGAUAAUCGAUGUCCGUCCUCGAGACCAAUACGACAGUGGUCAUAUCUACGCAAAGUCAAUAAUUUGCAUAGAGCCUGUGGCUUUGAGAGAAAACGUCUCCGCCGAAGAACUUGAGGAGCGCCUGAUUGUUUCCCCGGAGCAUGAACAAACCUUGUUUGAGCGGCGAAACGAAUUUGAUCUCGUCGUCUACUAUGACCAAAAUGCAGCUUCGGUCAGCUACCUCGCAGGCUCACCAGUGGGGACAUCAGCGCCACAUCUUCGAGCUCUCUAUGACACCCUCUAUGAAUUCAAUGAAUAUAAGCCGCUCAAGGCGGGACGCCCUCCGGCCCUUCUCCUUGGCGGUUUGGAUGCAUGGAUUGAUUUGAUUGGGCAGCAGUCGCUUGCGACAUCCUCGACCGCCGCAAUUAUGGGAUCAUUGCAGGCCAAAAAGCCAGUCCCCCGACCUGGUCGACCCCUAGGCCGGGUACCUACUAUGGCCAGCGCUAAUUCGAGUCUCGAAGUGCGCAAGCGAAGACUUCGCGAGUUUACACCGCUUAACUCAGAAGAGUUAUCUGCAUGGAUGGAACGGUCGAAGAACGAAGAAAUCGACACCAGCCCUUAUCUAGAUGAUGAACUACUCACUGAAGAACCCCAGGAGGAGGCUACUGACUCCGAGCCUACAACUCCGUUUGUCCACUCUUACGAGGACUUCUUGCGACGUUUCCCAGAACCGUAUCACGUUCAGCAACAGUCUAUGAUGCAUCCCGAGAAGCUGCCACCUGCUCCUGCGGCGCCAAAUUAUGCAGCCUCCGUCCCGGUUGCCCCAUCACGACCGCCACCGGCAGUUGCUCGUCCGAGCUACAGUGGCGUCGCCGAUGGACGGCAUAAUCAACUUUAUCUUGAACGGCAGAACUCGGCCAGUCGCACCGCCUUGUAUACGCCGAACUCACGACUCAGUCGAUUGAAGCUCCCACGGACAGGGCUCUACAAUUUUGGAGUCACUUGCUAUAUGAAUUCGACGGUGCAAUGCCUCAGUGCAACUGUCAUUAUGAGCAAGUUUUUCAUCGACGAUCGAUUCAGAUACUAUGUUCAGAAAAAUUGGAAGGGAUCACAGGGCAUUAUGCCUGGGCUGUUCGCGAACCUGAUCAGAUCUUUAUGGAAGGGAGAUGUUGAGAUCAUCAAACCCAGCUCAUUCCGUAACUUCUGCGGCCGAUUGAAUCGGGAGUGGGCCAUUGACCGGCAGCAAGAUGCAAAAGAGUUUUUCGAUUUUGUCGUGGAUUGCUUGCACGAGGAUCUGAACGUCAACUGGCAGCGUACUCCCUUGCGACCCUUGACCUUCGACCAGGAGAUGUGUCGUGAGAAAAUGCCGGUGUCGAAGGUGUCCCGUAUUGAAUGGGAUCGAUAUUGUCAUCGGGAGGAAUCGUUUAUCUCCUCCCUCUUCGCCGGGCAACAUGCUAGCCGACUGCGCUGCACCACAUGCAAAAAGACCUCUACCACCUACGAGGCGUUCUACAGCAUCAGCGUCGAGAUUCCGCCCACGGGGACCGGCGACAUCUACCAGUGCCUCCAGAGUUACUGCAAAGAGGAGAUGCUGAGCGGCGACGAGGUGUGGAAGUGUCCGCACUGCAAGUGCAAGCGCAUGGCCACGAAGCAGAUCAUCAUCACGCGGGCCCCGCAGAUCCUGGUCAUCCACUUCAAGCGCUUCUCCGCCUCUAAAACACAAAGCGCGCGGAAGAUCCAUACCCCGAUCGACUUCCCCUUGCAUGGACUCCGCAUGGACGACUUCGUGUUUGCAUCGUCGGCCUCCGCGCCACCGUCGGGCGCGGAGUUCCCGGCGCCCACGGAUGCUGCCGUGCCGCCGUUCAACUACGACGCCUUUGCCGUGCUGCGACACAUUGGCUCGUCCAUGGGCAGCGGGCAUUAUAUCUCGCUCGUGCGCGACGCCGAGCGCCAGUGCUGGCGGAAGUUUGAUGACGACCGCAUAACCGAUUUCAACCCGCGCUCCUUGUGGGGCCGCGACCAGUUACAGAACGAGCAAGCGUAUAUUGUGUUUUAUGAGCGAGUUCCAGCGAAAUGA